GAGCCGCCUCGAACCCCUCGUCACCAACACAGAGCGAAGCAGCAGCAGUAACUGCCUUCGCCGCCGGUUAACAAGGGCGAAGACGGACGAACGUACAGUCGUCUGUCGGAGACGGGCCUGCGAGAUCUGGUGAUGGGACGCUCCGUCUGCGCGGCGCCGGGAUCGUCGUCCUCCAACCCCCUCAGCUCACUCGCCGACGCCUUCCUCCGCCACUCCCCAAAAUCUGAGAUUAAAAUGGAAUUUUCAGCAACGGCAAUUCUCCGGAAAGCUUCUCUUCAUCUAUUAAAGGAUGGUCCUUUAUCAAUAGUUCCAGGCGAUGAGAAUGAGAUCGAGCUAGAUCAGGGAUCUAUCACAACCAUAAAGGACUUCGUUAAUGGGCAUCAUGGAUACACUUGCGGUGAAAAUUUUAAAACUUCAAUUCUUGCUGAACUCAGCGGGAGCAAGCAUCACUUUCAUGAGUCGGCGCAAAUUGGUAGCGUUACUAGCAUGAAUUUCAUGCCCAAAUUUGAUGGCAAGUUUCAACCCUGAUGCGAUUCUAAAUAUUUAUAGUUAUGUCAAUGCAUGACAUAAAACUGACACAUCCAAUAAUUCAAUCCAACUGAUGAAUCUGCAUCAAAUUUUGCUCGAUCAUGUAUUUUGUUUCAGGUCCACCAGAGAUGGAUGUUUGUCAUGCUUUGCAUCAAAGUCUGUUUCAACAACAAUACGAUGUUUCCACGCAUCAAUCCAACGAAUAUUUACAAGAACUGGUUAGCUUAGUUUCUUAUCUCUAUACCUAAAGAUCAUAUGGAAACAUUAGGGGCACAAAAAACUUAUUUGCUAAGCAACAUAUUUUUCUAAUUGAUUUUCCUUAAAGUGUUGAUCCUCGUAUCUUCUGCCUGAAACACUUAAUACUUGGUCUAUUUUUAUCAGGG